AUGCACGCGCCGGCUUCCGCUGUGGCUGAGGCGUGCGGACACAUUCUUGCCUUCGGAGAAACGUCAAUUCCCUCUCCCAGUCUGUUCGACGUCGGAAACCUCGAAGUAGUCAAGGCCGCUAUUGAUGAUGUGGCCUUUGACGUGCGUGAUAAUGGCAAGCUUGCGCAAGGCAAGGUGUUUGACAUGAUCGUCGACUCGGUUAGAAAUGGUUUGACGGAUAUUAUGUGGCUGACUGUCUCGAAGAAGCGGAAGGCGUCUUCCGGUCUAUCAAUCAUACAGUCGGACGAUACGAGCACCAGCGGGCAAGCGCAGGGCCGCGAUACUUCGGUUCCGUCUUCCGGUCGAUCAUUUCUGCAGUCGGACGAGGCGAGCGCCAGCGGGCAGCCACAGGGCCGCGGUAAUUCGGUUCCGUCAACCAUCGCCGACGGCACCAUCGCGGAUUACACCAAAGACCUCGUGGAAGCUAGAGACGGUCUUCGUGUGGUUAUCACGUCAUUACCAGCGGGCGCAGCCGGAAAGUCAGCCUUGGUCGGCGUCGCUGCGACCUUGGAUGAGGCUAUUAGGAAGCUGAGCGGUUAG